AUCAAUUUGUGUUUUUUCCAGAACUUGCAAAUGUCCUCGAAAACUACAACAUAGAUGUAGACAUGCGCUAGUCCCCGAUUGCAAAGAUAUUGGAGAAAUAGUAGAAGCACUUACAUAUCAAUCUCAAAGUUCAAAGAAAGAUCGUAAAGUAAAGAUGCCGAAGUUCAAAACAAAACAGUUCGUGCCACGCCAUUAUAAGGAUACGUGUGUUCCGAUGGUUCCCUCGAUGCAUACAAGGUUAAAAUAUAUUGGCCACUGCGCUUUAGAACCACAUCAAACAGACGAUCAAGAAAAGAGAGCCUAUUCGGGUUUCGAUUUUGCUUCCACAUCCGAAGAAGAAGACGUUGGUACAUCAAGGAAGUCAAAAAAGAAAUACAAAAAGAAAGUGCGCUACUUUGACAUGUUGCCUGGGGAUGUGAUCCUGCCGAAGCCAGUGCCAGUCAUCAAACAUACAGCAUCUGACCAUUCCAUCUUUAAUGUGCCGAGCCCUAAGGUUAGCGGUGAAGUAAUUGCAGCUCAGAGGACUAUUGCAAAACCAACAGACUACAAACCACCUCUACCGCCGAAGACUGGCUUUGAAUUGUUUAAACCGCAUAGCGGGAUAAUAGUCAACAAAACUAAAACUUUUGCUCCUGACGUUGUCCACAUGCCUGGCCCUAGAACUUUUGAAAGUGAUAAAAAAUCGAAGAAAAAGCCGGGUCACAAAGGAGGUGUAUGCACAAAAAAAACUUGUACCAGGAAAAAGUGUAGAAAAUACGCGGCAAUGAGGAAAAGAAGGAUGGCAAGGAGAAGAUUUUGCUCGGAGGCAACGUACACGACCCUAGGAGUGAAGGACGGCAAGCCGCGAGCGCGCGGCACGCAGAAGUUCGACGACAAUGAGUCCGUUUGCGGCCUCGACGACAUACCUCGCCCUGAACAUGUGCAAAUACCAGCAAAUCUAAAACGCGGAACGCUUCAAACCCACUCCCUGACCGUGCUGCCUUGCACAAAGGAACGGAAACCCGCAAUACAUUAUGGCAUAUUGACAGGAUCGUUUAAUAUGUACGACGGCAAAUUCAGCGCUAGGUCGAAAGGCAGACAAGCCCUCACAAUGAGCGUCAUGGCGUACUGCUUAGCUUUUCACUAUCAUCCAAAACAAUGGACUAUGAAAUUGUUGGACAAUUUGAUAGACGCGGGAGACCAGUGGUACAUCCAGUGUUUGGACAAAGUUCACGAUCACUCGGCAGUGAUGGGCAUGUGUGAAGUUUUACCCUUUGGCAAGAAGCAAACUUUGGUGUUGAACGGAAAGAAAAUGCAAGUACUGCUCGGAGAGCCGGACGUUGUCGGCUACACUAUGUCCCUGGAUCCCACCGUUUACAAUCUUUGUAGAGGACUCAAGGCGUUCUUUAAGAACAAUCGUGCUGGCAUUUUAUUGUCUAGGGUGCUUAAAGUUGUGAUAUGGAAGGAUCGAAUAUGCUAUUAUAUAUUCGAUCCAGCUGGAAGGGAUUCGAAGGCCUAUUCCAACUUUUCUAAUGGUAGCGCAGCUCUUAUAAAUGUCAAAGAUUUGUCAUCGGUAGCCGAAGUUUUGCUAGCACGCAGCGUCUUGGAGGAUCAAAAAUAUGUUUUGUCACCCGUUAAAGUGUUAAAGAUGGUGAGUGAGAAAUGUGAUGAAGAUUUCGACUCGGACAGAGAGUUGACGCAGGCAGAAAAGGCUAUGAUGGGUUACAGAAUUCUUACCGAAAACUACGCUAUCGUCAAUGCUAAUAUGCAUUUAGGUGAUAGAUGUUUCGAAGAUGCAAAAUAUCGUCAAGCUUUGCCGAUUGCAAUAGUCGCAAUGACUUAUGCUAAAAUAUCACCGCCGAAUACAUGGUUCUCGAAAACUUUAGACAAGGUGUUACGUCUAGGCAACAAAUUAUACAUGGAUUGCUUGCAGCCUAAAGUACUGAUUGAUUUGACGAUAGAUAAUAUACCGAACGAAAUACUAGUGGGUCCAUACGCUUGUGAGAUUAUCAUUUACAGGGAAAGAGUUAAAGGACAAUUGUUUACGACGAAGGAGUGUUUGUUGAACAUUCGUACAGGUCUCCAUGAGUUCUUUAGUCAAGAAUACAACAGUGGUAUUUUGGAAUUCAAUAACUAUUUACUGGCGGUGUGGAAGCAGAAAGACAUGUUUUAUAUAUUCGACCCUUACCCACGAGCUAAUGAUGGAUCCAGAUCAGCCAAAGGUGGCAAAGCGUGUUGUUUCAUGCUUCUUAAUUCGGAUACUAUGGCUGACGUGUUCAAGAAGAACUGGGACUACUUACCUGCAACUACACAAUUUUACAUUCACGCCUUCAAAGUUCUCAAAAUGACGAAGAAAGAUGUUAAGGCUCAAAUAUUGUGCACUCUCAGUGAUGAACAAUUGCCAGGAGUUAAGACGAAACGCAAAGUUCUACCAAUGAGCAAAGCUCAUGGCGAUGACAGGGAGAUAGCUCACGACGUCUUGCCACUCGAAGUCCUUGAUGAGGCGUCUCCUACCGGGCUACAAGUGGACGAAGAACAUAUGGGGGACAUAAUCUCCUUGGUGGAGAGCGUACAGGAAGACUACCUGCCGCCUAUACCUUUGAGGUACAAGAACAUGCCUGCCGAACAAAUGGCGCCAAAAGUCGUGAACCUGGACUCGCCGACGGUGUCGCUGACACAGGUGGUGCCGCCGUGGCCCCGCCCGCGCGACAAAACCAACGAGCUGCCCGAGCCCGAUCCGGAGCCCGAGCCCACACCGCCGCCCACGCCGCCGCCGCUGCCGUCACCGGAAGGAGGCGAAGAAGAGGAGGAGGAAGAAGAAGAAGAUGAAGAGGCGGGGCAAAGAAAGAAAGAGGAAGAAGCUCGAAGGAAAGCAGAGGAGGAAGAGGCUCGCAGGAAGGCGGAGGAGCUCCCGCCGCCGCUGCCUCCGCCGCCGCCCUCGCCGCAGCCGGAGCCCGAAGUGCCGCUAGCGCAACCUAGAGAAAUAAUCGAGGAAGAGAUCCAAACUGCGCCGCCGGUCAACGUUGACCGCCGGAUCCUCCUCACAGAGGACGCUGUGUACCGUUUCAAACUGCGACAACUGCGCAAGAAGAUGACCCUACCGCUAAUAGAAGAUGGCGCGGAGAUAAAGGCCGAAGAGGAAUUAGCCAGGCCUCAUAAUUUCAAAAACUUGCCAGACAAAAGUCAGAUAAUAAGGGGGACCUCUGCUGUAAGCGAGUCAGAUUCCACUGAUGUGUUGCCUUUCGCUGCCAUAAUGGCGAUAGUCACCUCAUACAAGUAUACCGUGAACUCGUGGACAGUCGGUUUGGUCAAUUUUGUGGUGGAAACAGCCAAGAAACUGUAUCAGAAUAAGAAAGAAAAGUUCCAACUUGCCCCUGUUCACGUUAUACCGAAGAUUGCUAUCGGUCACCAGGCCUAUCACGCUCAUAUUGACGUGGUAGGAGAAGGUGCCACCUGGCAACUCGAAGAUGCCUUACGCAAGUUCCUGUCUAAGUACGACCGAGGCAUGCUCACGACUGUCACCUACAGCAGUGCGUUCUUCAAGAGGAACAACCUCUACUAUCUGUACGACGGCAGUUCUUGCAACGCAAUGGGUUUGAGAGAAGUUGACAAGAGCAAAGGGAAAGCGUGUUUAAUGCGUUUCACUUCUUUACACGAUCUAGUGGCGAGGGUUUGGUAUAAUAAAGACGGCAAAACCGAGGACCAACAGUUCAUACUGAGCAGAAUAAUAGUGCGAAGACUCCUGAUAGAGCCGCGCAUGAAAUUGCCCGACGACUACGACUUUGCCACAAUGGCACCCAAAAGUAAAAAAACGAAAUGGUCUUUUGCUGGUGAGUCUAAGUCGUCUGAUAAGGGUAAGUCAUCCACACUCGAAACCCCCGAGCCCAAAACUGAAUCUGUGGUCGGAUACCAACAGAUCGGUGGCAUAUACAGAGUAGAAGGCACAACAGCAAUGAAGGACAAGAGGACCAGUAUGCUUGCGUCUACUUCAGAUGUAAAAUCCUGCCAUUUCGUCUGUUUGAUCGCCAUGUUAAUGGCGACUAUGCACCCUAUUAGAACCUGGGAUCACGUCAUGGUGGAUACCUGCAUUGAAAAAGGCUUGGAGAUUCACGAAAAAGCUACUAACCUGAGCGUCUGCGAAAAGAGAAUGAUCAAAAACAUCAUUCUAGAUGGAAAGUUUGUUAACGUUAAUAUAAAAAAAAUUAUAGUCGUCAAUGAGAAUCCGGAGAAAACAUUGGAACAGUAUUUGAAAGCGGUUUUAAGAAGGCUACGUUACGUCAUUAUUAGAUUCCCGUCAUGUAGUAUGGUCAUCUGUAAUAUCGAGGGGUACUACCACUUAUUCGAUCCCUACCCGCCGCCCUCCGAAGACCCUGACCCCGAGCUCGUGCAGGACCAGGAGAGGAAGAAGAGCAAGGACUCUAGAGCGAGCGUCACAGAACUCCCAUCGCAGAAGGUGGGCUCUGUGGCUGGUUGGACUCUGUAUCGCUCUCUGGCAGCUUUAAAUCAUAGAAUAAAAAAAGUUGUAAGCUCGCCUAACUCUCCAGAAUUUUAUACUUUCGAACUGACUUCGAUCAAACCGGCACCGCGUCAUUCCGCCCUGAACUACAGACUCAGUCCACUCUUUAAACCGGACGAAAAUCCCAACACGCCAUAUUUACGGAGAAGAAGGAUUCGUCCCACUGUUGACGAGAAAAUGUAUUGGUUGAAUAUAGAAAGUAUACCGUGGUCGCGUAUGAAUUGCGUCAACGAUUUGGGGUUGGAGAGAAAGACUCCUAGAACUAUGUGGAAAGACUGGGACAUAGAAUUCCCUGGAGAUCUUUAUUCGCUCUGGGGUUCGGUGCAUCCUUUGGACUCGAAGUUCGAGAAAGUUCGCGGCAAACAAUACUUGGCGACUUGCGUUGUUGCGCUCGUUAUGAUUAAAGCUUGCAGCUUGAGCGCUUGGACUGGCAGCCUUUUGGAUGGAAUUGUUGAAGCCGGCAACGAAUAUCAUCAAAAAAGUAAUUCCAAGUUUGGCGAAAACCAUGAAAUCGUUCUCGAGGACAUGGAAACGAAAUUCGAUGAUAUGUACCCCUACUCAUUUUCUGUGAAAUUUGAAAAAGUUAUAUUUGGAUUUGUUUAUAAUAUUUACCCAGAUCGAUUUAAUCUCAGCAAGGCUUUAGUUUAUUUCUUUGAAAAGAACUCCCUGGGGAUAUUGGUCAGCCCUGGAAAAAAUUUAGGUUUCGGUAAAGCUGGCAAUUCUUAUUUUAUGUUUGACUGUCAGAGUUACGGAGCUCCAGUAUUUAGUCCUAGUCAAGGAGCCGCAUAUAUGUUGAAAUGUGAAAGCCUCAACAGACUGAUUUAUUGUAUGGCGGUAACACUGAAUAUAAGAAGACACGGACAGCAAUUUCAUCUAUACAGUGCAACUUUGACACUUACUGAAAAAACCAAAUAAAUGCAUUAAUACCUAA